AUGCUGAGUCAGUUACUAAAGCAGGCCACUACACGGAAGACUACAUUCUCAUCCCCCCGUGCCGUCAUUAGGGGUGGCUUGUCUGGUUUGACUCAAGGAGGCAGCGACACAUUAGAACAACCUCUUGGGCGGUUCCUUGCGAGCAUCGAUUGCAGCAAUGGCGGGGAUAAUAGUCCGCGUGAUAGUCAGCAUGAUGAUCAGAAUGGUAGUCAGAAUGAUAGAAGUGUCGCACAAGCGUUGGAUCGAACCACGGUUUGCGUGGACUCCAGUGUGGCACCAUCCAUAAAAGAGUUUCUGAUGCCGGAGGAAACACUGAUCUUGGACGUCAGUGAGUUGAUAAAAGAGCGAGUGGGCGCCUCCAGACACGUCCAAAGACUGCAGCGAGCCGUGGGCGGACGACGAGGAGCCCUCCUCGACCACCUACUCCGCGACCGGGAACUUGGCUCUGUUGCUGCGGACCCUCAUCCUGAACAACAGGACGACCUGACCGGGCGCAUCGAAGAGGACACGUGUGACGCCCCAGCUUUCAUGGACCCGCUGCUGGGUUUCAACAGCGAAGGACUCAGCCGCCAGUCUCUCUCCACAACGGAUUUGUUAUCGGCGCCGGUGGCGCAGUUCUGCAGUCUCCACGAAAGGAACGGGGACCUAGACAGGAAUACGGAUUAUCUGCACUUCGUGCCCAUACCAACAUUUGUUCCCAAAGGCACCGCGUUUGUCAAACUUCAUGAUGACCUUGACAUUCUAGUAAGCGACCCCACCAACUUGCACUGA